CUUUUUCAAGUGCGAGGCCAGGGUGUCUGGUCCUCUAAACAGACUUGGAUGUGAAAGUUGUCUUCGUGGACACCAUGUCGGACUCCGUGGACCGGUCCACGAAGAUCAACCUGCUGAAAGAGCCACUGGUGAAGAAACUGUGCGACGUGUUGGACAAAUCCAGCAGCAAAGGAUGGCGAAAACUGGGGGAGAUAGUCGGGAAUGAUAGACGGGUUAAAGUCAGCUCAGACGACAUGGAGAUGUGCUCUCUGAAGGUGCUGCAGCUGGAGGGCAGCCCGAGCCGCAUGCUGCUGAGGCUGAUGGGAGAGCGAGGUUGCACCAUGGGACACCUGAGUGAUUACCUCCAUACACUGGGCAACUCGGAGGCCCUGAACUGCCUGAAAUCCUCAGCUUUACAGAUUGUGAUCCAGCCACAGUCGGUGGCUCUUAUAUCUGGUCACAACCUGCGUCUGAGCUGCCACGCUGUGGGCAAAUCCCCGGUCCAGUACCAGUGGUUUAAGGCAAAAGAAGAGAUCUCUAACAGCUUCUCUCCAGACCUGGUCAUAAGCCCAGUCCACCUGAAGGAUGCUGGCUUUUACAUCUGCAGGGUCAACUGCGGAGAUACGUUUGAGUUCAGUCAGUGGGCUCAGGUGGAUGUCCUGAACGUCAACACGUCUUCAUCUUAUGGACAUGGUUUUUAUUCCUUGGAGGGUCGACUAAAGGUGGUGAUUCAGCCUCAGCCCCAGCGUCUGCAUGGGGGGGAAACGCUGCAGCUGGAGUGUGGAGCUGUGGGCCGGCCAAUCCCCCGCUACCAGUGGCACAGAAAUGGAGUGCCAAUCCUCAACGCCACCAAGAGGAAACUUGUGAUUCCUCAUGUGAUGCAAGAUCACCAUGGCAGGUAUCGCUGUGAGAUCAGCAGUAGCACUGAGAGAACGUGGACCAGUGAAGUUGACAUAGUGAUAGCGCCGAGGAUAUCUGUCCAGAUUUCAGGGGCAGUGGAGUGCUCAGAAGAUGAUGUGUAUGCUAUUGGAGCAGAUUCCAGUGAAUUAUUCCAAAGUAUUAUCCCUGAACAACCUUAUGCGACUGACAAAGUGGCCCUGCUCAUCGGGAACCUGUCCUACCAGAACCACCCAAAGCUCAAAGCUCCAAUGGUGGAUGUGUAUGACCUCACCAACCUCCUGCGGCAGCUGAAUUUCAAGGUGGUUUCACUGCUGGACCUCACAGAAUCGGAGAUGAGAAACGCUGUUGAUGAGUUCCUGUCACUACUGCACAAGGGAGUCUAUGGCCUGCUGUACUAUGCUGGUCAUGGAUAUGAAAACUACGGUAACAGUUUCAUGGUGCCGGUAGAUGCUCCAAACCCUUACCGGUCAGCCAACUGCCUGUGUGUGCAGAGCAUCCUCAAACUAAUGCAGGAGAAGGAGACAGGCCUUAAUGUUUUUCUGCUGGACAUGUGCAGGAAGAGGAAUAUUCAUGACGACAGUGCUCCAAACAUUAUACUGAGAGUUACAGCUAACAUUGUCUUCGGAUAUGCAACUUGCCAAGAUGCAGAGGCCUUUGAGCUGAGCUCCAGCGGAUUCACCAAUGGUGUGUUUGUGAAGUUCUUAAAGAAGCGGCUGCUUGAUGAUGAAAAGAUCACUGUGGUGCUGGACAGAGUUGCUGAGGAUAUGGGUCAGUUUGACGCUACAAAGGGGAAACAGGCCCUGGAGAUCCGCAGCAGCCUAUCAGAGAGGAGAGCGCUGACAGAUCCAAUUCUACCCGGUGACAGUGCCGAUCUCGCUCAAGUACACAGUCGCCAAUGGGCAAAAGCCCACAAACUUCCUGAAAGCAUGUGCCUGGACUUCGACUGUGGAGCUCAGAUCAAACUGGGCUUCGCAGCAGAGUUUUCCAACGUUCUCGUCAUUUACACCCGCAUCGUGAAGAAGCCUGAGGACAUGUCCUUCUGCCAGGCUCAUGUCACCGACUUUUCACAGGAUCUCGAUGUGGACCCUAAAGAGAUGAACAGAGAGACUCCAGAGGAAACGGGGAUCUACCUUCUGUCCAGCAGCCUUCCUCAGCACUGUCUCUACACAAGACUCAGCUCCCUGCAGAAGCUCAGGGAAGAGCUUGUCUUCACUGUGUGCCUUCAAGGAACCUUCAUUGCCAUGGAUGAUGAUCCCAUCCACUGGACCAAAAGCGUCAACAUCGGCAAACCCCUAAUCGCUAGGCUCGACCUUCACCAGGCCGUGCGGAGAAACAGCUGCCUGCAGACGUGCCUGAUGCCCCACAGCCCCUCCGUCAGCCCCUGCCACAGCCCUGGACCUGAGCACCACCAGCUCCACCUCCACCAUCAGGUCCAUGACUGCAACCGGCUAUCCCCGCAGCACCACUACCUGGACAUGUACGACCGUCUGCAGGGGGCAGUGGGAGGAAGCGGAGAGUCGUGCUAUGAUAAUGUCAGUCACUCCUGCUACGAGGCACAGUUCAACUCAGCUGUUGGACUUUCCAGUUCACCAGGACGGCUCAGCAUUCCAAUAGAAACCACAGACGACAUCAAUGAGCUGCAAACUGUGUUCAUCAACAGUCUGCAGCUUCAGCAACAAUAAAACAAACAGCUGCUUUUUCACUGAGAUUUCCCAGAAAAAGACAUAAGCUUUUAAAGUACAGCUAGUAUCUGGUAUCUACACUAUUGGUCAAAAGUUUUAGAACACCCCAAUUUUUCCUGUUUUGUAUUGAAAUUUAAGCAGUUCAAGUCCAAUGAACAGCUUGGAAUGGUACAAAGGUAAGUGGAGAACUGCCAGAGG